AUGACGACGCCGAUCGUCGCCGGCUUCUCCAUCGCCGCCGCCGCGCUGACCGCGCGACAGGCGAUCCUCGCGUACGAGGCGUGGAAGCGCGCGCCGCCCGCGAUGCGCGCGUUUUACCAAGGCGGAUUCGAGCCGCAGAUGACGCGACGGGAGGCGGCGCUCAUCCUGGGCGUCAGGCGCAGCGCCGCGAAGGCGAAGGUGCUCGCCGCGCACAGGAAGGUCAUGAUCGCGAAUCAUCCGGACGCGGGGGGGUCGGACUACGUCGCGACGAAGAUCAACGAGGCGAAGGGGUUGCUGUUGGGGGGACGGGGGGGGAGGGACCGGCCGCUGUGA